GACAAGGUGAUGAAUUAUUGUACAUUCAAGAGGCUGAUGAAAAAUCUAAAGAAUCCAGCAAUGGAAGAUGCUAUUGCCUUGAUGAAAAAGAAAUUUCUGGCCAAUCCUGAUCCCAUCCAUGUUGCUGGCAAGGAUAUUGAGCUGUCGAACCUUCUUGCCAAGGAAGGAGUUCUGAAGGUUACAGCUAUAAACACCUUUGUAAUGGCCUCAUCCUUACUGCACUCUCUCAUCAUGAGGGAUAUUACGAACUGGCAGCUGCCUUGUCCAUCAAACCCGAUCCCAAGGCAUGGUGACAGAAGCCUCAACAUUUUCAAGACUCUGAAGACUGUU